CCUACAGGACUUUAGUCAUCAUUAUUAAUGAUGCUGCUUUAUUGAUUCACAGUCUAACUGCGUGGUGGAAACUCUCUGCUGAUUUUUCUUGGAUAUCCAACAGUGUAGCAAACAUGGAAAAUUCAACUGGAGACAACUAUCAAACUAAAUUUUCAGAACACAGGAGAACAUCUACCUUAAUGUCCAUAGAAACAACAAUGAGACCCUUGGAAAGUACUAUCAUCUAUGUGUUAAACAAUAUUACAAACGACAGUACAAUGCCUAAUAUAACAAUUCUGAAGCAAGCACCAAUAUGUACAGAGCCAGCAUUUCAUGAGUUUCCACCAGAUGCCUUUACCAAUACACAGAGAGAACAUGGCGCCUUAAUUGUACAUGUGAUGGUUGUUAUCUAUAUGUUCGCUGCCUUAGCUGUCGUCUGCGAUGACUAUUUUGUAACUUCAUUGGACAGGAUAUGUCAAAAACUUGGCUUUAGUGAAGAUGUCGCUGGGGCAACGUUUAUGGCUGCUGGUAGUUCAGCACCAGAACUGUUUACCGCUAUUAUUGGUGUUUUUAUAACUAAAGGGGAUGUAGGUGUAGGGACCAUUGUAGGUUCAGCCGUGUUCAAUAUUUUGUUUGUCAUUGGGAUUUGCGGAAUACUUGCUGGACAGGUAGUUACUUUGUCGUGGUGGAUGAUGUGUAGAGAUUCUUUCUAUUAUUCAUUGUCUGUCAUUGUUCUUAUAUUGGUUAUUUCAGAUGGCAUUGUGACGUGGUAUGAAUCCCUCAUCAUGCUUAUUUUAUAUGCAGGAUAUAUUGUAGUUAUGAGAUAUAAUACAGUUCUGCAAUCUUGGUUUGCUAACAAGAUAGACCAAAUUAAGUCUUCCAAUAUUUUACCAAUAAAUGGUGCUAAAAGAGCUUUUCCUGGAGAUUAUGAGGUUUUCACAGAUGAGGAUGAUGAGGUCUUCACUGCGAUAGAAACAAAGAAAUGGCGUGACAGAGAAAUUCCUCCCGACGAAUAUGCAAAAUCAACGCAAAUCAAACCCCAUUUCUGUGAUUUCGUCUUUCGUAUGAUGAUGAUGAAGAAGUUUAAACCCCUGACAAGAUUCCGGUCGGCGGCCUGUCUCAUUAUAUCAUAUAGAAAACGAAUGCUCAAAGAUGAAGCUUACCAGAAGAGACAACAGUUUAGAAAAAUGGCUCACAAAUCGAGUGUUCUGUCUUAUACAAGAUCCAUUCGAGGAUGGUUCAAUAUAACGAUGGAAGGUGAAGACUGGGACUACUGGAGAAAAGUUCCUAGUAUAGACGAUGGCUAUUUUGCUAUGAUUAAAUGGGCACUCUCUUAUCCUCUGAAGACAGUGUUGUAUUAUACAGUGCCAGACUGCAGAAAAGAACGAUGGGAGAAUUGGUUUUUGUUGACGUUUGUGAUGUCAAUAGUUUGGAUAGCUUUGUUUUCAUAUAUUAUGGUGUGGAUGGUUACAGUUAUCGGAUUCACACUUGAUAUACCAGAUAGUGUUAUGGGUAUUACUUUUCUAGCUGCCGGUACCAGUAUACCUGAUGCAAUGGCUAGUGUCUUUGUAGUCAAGCAAGGUAUGGGAGAUAUGGCGAUUUCCAACUGUUUAGGAAGCAACAUAUUCGACAUCCUUUUAGGUUUAUCUUUACCUUGGUUUUUAAAAACUGGAAUAGCAUAUUCAGGAACUACAGUUAAAAUCAACAGUAAUGGUAUGCUGUAUUCAAUCAUUUUACUUUUUAUCACAGUUAUUAUCACAAUAGGAUCAAUUAGUUACAUGGGCUGGCGACUUACACGCCGUAUAGGCAUUAUGUUCCUAAUAUCUUAUGCUAUUUACGUACUCUUUUCUGUGAUGACAGAGUGUAAUGUAUUCGGUUUUGUCAAUCCACCUAUGUGUGGUGAAUAAUGGAACACAUAUAUCACAGUUGUUAUGUCAAAAUCAUUCCAUUUCUUCAUUAAUCAGCAGCAAUAUAAUUACAAAUAUCACAUUUGGAAA